GUUUUUUUUUUUUUAACCCAGGGCUCUUCGCCAUGCUUCAUCCAGCUUCUUCAACAAACUCAACCUCCAUCUCAAUCUUGUCCAUCCUACAAUCAACCACUCUCUCUACAACAACGUUGCUCGUUGCAGUCUCUCCUCUGAAAGCUGCUGCUGGAGCAUAUGCUAAAAUUGCUGUUGGGAUAGCAAGACUAGGAGGCUAAGCAGCUUUCAUUGGCAAGGUAGAUUUUUCUGAGUUCUCCCGCUUCUAUGAUUUUGUUUUCUUCAUGUGCCGUGAAAAUGGUCAAAAGAACAUCACUGUAAGCAAGGCAGUUACUGCAUGGAGGUUAGUCUCGGCUGGGAGAUUUCGACUGCUUAAUCAAUGGUGUGACUUUGUUGAGGGUCUCGGGAUCUAAUGAUAACACUAACUUCUUCUGUAACUGUGGUGAUUUAGAAUCCCAGUCUUCCUAACUCGAUGACCCUCUUCCUGGAUUGAAAGAUUUUCCUGGUUUGAAGAGGAAAUUACCUGAGGACGUUCAACAAGAUGAAUUGGAGCCCUCAACUAUCGGCUACCCUCAUUCAACAGACCAGGAUCCUGUUUUGAGUUUCAAGAGAAUCAGUCCAUUGUGUUCUUCCAAGUCUCCAUGUGCAGUUGAUUGCAUGGAAAUUGUUAGACAUAACAGUCCAUUGUGUUCUUCCAAGUCUCCAUGUGCAGUUGAAGGUUGUUUGUCAAAAGGCUUUGCAGGGCUUUUCUCAACACGUGUACCAUGAGCAUGAGGAGUUACAUGCCCUGGUUCUUCUAUAAAUUAUAGUAGUAGAGUUUAAGCUUUGCAAUAUCAAGGUCAAUGGCGAUGCCCACUCCAAGACCGCCAAGGAACCCUCGCGCGCUUCUCAGUUACGUGCCAUUUCUAUUCAAACCCAAUCGUGGAUCCUCCUCUCCCUUUGCUGAUCCUAUUAAGCUCUUGAAAAAAUCAGCUGAGACUAAAAACUUAAGAAUAGGAAAAUUAGUCCAUGCCCACUUGAUCACAAGCACUCAGGCCUCCAAAACCCAAGACGUAUUUCACGCCAACUCACUCAUUAAUUUCUACGCAAAAUGUGGUGAUAUAUCUAUUGCCCGACAACUGUUUGAUCAAAUGAGUGAACGAAACAUAGUUUCAUGGAGUGCACUGAUGGCGGGGUACUUACACAAUGGCUUGGCUUUGGAAGUUCUUGUGCUGUUUAAGCAGAUGUUUUCUGUGGACAAUUUGCGUCCCAAUGAAUACAUAUUUGCUAUUGCUCUAGCCUCUUGUUCUGUUAGUGGGAGGAUUGAAGAGGGCAAGCAAUGUCAUGGCUACGUGCUGAAGUCUGGAUUGGAAUUUCACCAAUAUGUGAAGAAUGCACUCAUUCACAUGUAUUCGAGGUGCUCAGAUGUGGAAGGUGCAAUUUGGGUUUUGAAUACAUUGCCUGGGUAUGAUGUCGUUUCUUACAAUUCAGUCAUUAAUGGACUUGUAGAACUUGGGUAUCUGAAGGAAGCUUUAGAAGCUACGGCUAGGAUGGCAAGUGAAUAUAAGGCCUGGGACAAUGUUACUUAUAUUUCACUUUUUGGCCUUAGUGCUCGUCUCAAAGAUUUGAAUUUAGGUAAGCAAGUUCAUGGUCAGAUGUUGAAGAGUGAUCUUGAUUGUGAUGUCUUUGUUAGCAGCGCAAUUGUUGAUAUGUAUGGGAAGUGUGGUAACAUUCUGAAUGCACGGAAAGUUUUUGACUGUUUGCAAGAUCGGAAUGUGGUCUCGUGGACAGCACUCAUGGCUGCUUAUUUCCAAAAUGGCUGCUUUGAGGAAGCACUCAAUCUAUUUUCAGUAAUGGAAGUUGAAGAUUUUAUGCCAAAUGAAUAUACUUUUGCUGUUUUGCUGAACUCCAGCGCUAGUUUAUCUGCACUUAGACUUGGAGAUCUGUUGCAUGCACGUAUCAAGAAAUCAGGUUUCAAGGGCCAUACUAUUGUCGGGAAUGCUUUGAUUAUUAUGUAUUCUAAGAGUGGCAACAUCAAAGGAGCAAAUAAAGUGUUCUCAGAUUUGAUUUUUCGGGACUCUGUUACCUGGAAUGCAAUGAUAUCUGGGUAUUCCCACCAUGGGCUUGGUAAAGAAGCUCUAGAUUUGUUUCAAGACAUGUUGACUUCAGUAGUGAGUCCUAACUAUGUAACUUUUAUUGGGGUUCUAUCUGCCUGUGCUCAUUUGGGUCUUGUGCAAGAAGGAUUAUACUAUUUGAAUCACCUAAUGAGAAAAAUGGGCAUCGAACCUGGACUGGAGCACUAUACCUGUAUUGUUGGGCUUCUGAGCAGAGCUGGACUACUUGAUGAAGCCGAGAAUUUUAUGAGAUCCACACCAGUAAAAUGGGAUGUCAUUGCAUGGCGCACUUUAGUUAAUGCUUGUCAUGUCCUUAGAAAUUAUGGUUUAGGGAAGCGAAUUGCAGAAUCUGUAAUGCUGAUGGACCCUCAUGAUGUGGGAACAUAUAUAUUGCUAUCAAAUAUGUAUGCCAAGGAAAGUAGAUGGGAUGGGGUUGUGAAGAUUUGGAAAUUGAUGAGAGAAAGAAACAUCAAGAAAGAACCAGGGGUGAGCUGGUUAGAGAUAAGGAACAUUACCCAUGUCUUUGUUUCAGAAGACAACAAACACCCAGAGUCUAGUCAGAUAUAUGAAAAGGUGGGGGAGUUGCUGGCCAAGAUUAAACCAUUAGGGUAUGUGCCAAAUAUUGCUGCAGUACUGCAUGAUGUGGAGGAUGAACAGAAAGAAAAUUAUCUCAGUUAUCACAGUGAGAAGCUGGCCAUAGCAUAUGGCCUCAUGAAAACACCUUCAGAAGCAUCGAUACGUGUAAUUAAGAACCUUAGAAUGUGUGAUGAUUGCCAUAGUGCUGCCAAACUAAUUUCAAAGGUCACAAACAGGGUGAUAAUAGUUAGAGAUGCCAACCGCUUUCAUCAUUUUCAAGAUGGUUGUUGUUCUUGUGCAGAUUACUGGUGACAUUUUUUAUGAUAAGCAAUUACCGGGGUGACAUUUUGAUUACUUUUCAGUCAUAUGGAUGACCGGGGGGAGAUAAUUGCAUGUGAUGGAGCCUAUAGGUCAUUCUAUGUCAGCCCCCUUUUCUAAAAAAUAUCGAGCAUGCCCUUUGGAGGCCGUUGCCAUUGAGAUCUCAUAUCGCAGAAUUACAGCAUUGGCCUUUGACUCACUAGGCUGCCCCAAGGCAAGUUCAAGUGGGAACAUCAAGAGUGAUAAUAGGAUACUCAUCAGAAAAAAAACAAAGAAAAAAACGGAGAGGGCACUGAAGUUCUCAGCAUUUUAUGAUGCAAUGAAUGAGAAUCUGUGCUCGGCUACUCUGGCUUCUGCAAGUGGAUGGAGGAGUUCGGCUACUGCCUGCAGCUUGGAUACGUAGCAUCUCUGUAGACGUUUAAUCCUUGUCAAAGCACUACCAACAUAGGCUACAAUUAUUCUUUCCAUUAGUUUGCACAACUUGAAUUUCCUUAAUGAUACCUGUGAUAAAAUGUCUAUUGUCAAAGCGUGGGAACUGUCUAUUGGCUCGAUGUAUCUCUACUUAGCCAAAGAGUUGAUUCAAUCAUUAUUUCCGCUUUGUAAUUCUUUCCAUACUCUUUUAAACUAUGCCUGACUAUCAAAAAUUCUAUUUGAUUAGAUGUUCAUAUAUCCUUCAUACAGUGAAUGGAUUGGUUGUGUUUGUGCAUUAGCUAUUCAUCUUCCACAAUCAAAGGGAAUCUUUGUACUAAGCCAACACUUGUGGUCUAU